CACACACCACACUACUACUACCACUACUACUACUACUACUACUACUACUCACAUUAUUACUACUCCGACUACUACCACUACUACUACUACUACUCACACUACUACUACUACUACUACUACUACUACUACCAAUACUAAUACUACUACUGUAGUGAAGGAGAACGCGG